CCAAAGUAAAAGAGAUUGAUCAUAUUCCUAGAAAAAAAAUGGAGAAAAAUGAAAUCCCCGGAACCCUAACACCACCGCCACCACCACCACGGCCACCAAGGGAGAGGCGAAGGAGAAAGACGGAAGAUGGCGAGAAGAAGAAGAAGAAUCAGAGAAAAGAAGUUAGAGUGGUAUCUUCUUACUUUCCAAUCCCUCCUCAUCUUAAUAGUGGUGAUUUUGUUGUUCAAAGACCUAAAAGGGAUUUUACUGUCCCUAAUAAACCACAUGAUGAUGAUUAUCUAUUUAAAACCAAAUCAACCCCUGAUGGUGAUUUCGGAACAUCAACACCUCCAAAACAAGAGAAUCCCAAAUCAUCAUCAUCAGCAGCAGCAUGUGUUGAGAAUAUUGAUGAUGUUCUUGCUCGUUUUGGUUAUGUUCCGAAUCCGAAGAAACCCAUCCCAUUCCGAUCUGCUAAAUCUGCUAAAUCUACACAAGCUUUACCACUACGCAACAUUCAAUCACACCAGAGUAAUGCCUCUUCUUCUAAUUAUGAUGAUAGUAAUAAGCAAAACCCAGUGGAACUUCAUGAUCAAGUGGCUGAGUGGAAGAGAAGGAGGUUUUGUAAUAAUGAGGUGAAAUCAUUUUUACAAAACAGAAAUGGAUUGGUUAGGAAUGCAGGAUUCCAAGAGAUGGAAGAAAUCAAAACCCCAGAAAAGGAAUCCACGGGAAAAACUAAGAAGAAGAGGAUCCGUAAAACACCAGCGUUUUCGCGUCGUCUUACACUUGCUGAGAGUAAUUGUGAAGCUUACCUGAGAAAGACUCCGGACAAUACAUGGAAACCUCCAGUUUCACCACACAAACUGCUUCAAGAGGAUCACUAUGAAGAUCCUUGGAGAGUAAUCGUUAUUUGUAUGCUCCUUAAUGUUACUUCAGGCAAGCAGGUAAGAAAAGUUCUGCCUGAUUUCUUCAAACGUUUUCCCGAUGCGAAGUCAAGUUUGGAGGUUGUACCACAAGAAAUAGAGGAAAUUAUUUGGACCCUAGGAAUACACGAUAGAAGAGCAAUAAUGAUUCAGCGCUUCUCUGCGGAGUAUCUGUGGGAGAACUGGACCUACAUAACCGACCUUCAUGGUGUUGGCAAGUAUGCAGCUGAUGCAUAUGCAAUAUUCUGCACAGGGAAGUGGGAUCAAGUUAGACCCAAGGAUCAUAUGCUGAAUAAAUACUGGGAAUUUCUCCAUGUAGAGUUUGGGAAAGCAGUUCCCGACGAGGUUGGUAAGAGGAUUGCUCCCUACCCAACACAUAGUUAGGCUAGUUAGGGAUGAUAUCUAUUUUGCUGCAUGACGUCCUUGCAUAUGAUGGUAUUUUGUAAACUCUCUAUCUUUCACUCUUUCUACAAACUUUGUGUAAGCUUAGGGUCAUUUUAUAGAGUGGGCAUCAUUUCUGGUUAUUAAGCUUUAACAGAAAGAAAAACAAAACAGGUAGUGAAGAGAGUAGACGAGAUAAUUUAAAAACUGUAAUGAGAGUUGUUUAGGGUGUCAGAUAUAUAGAGGUAUUGUAGCUGGUAUUUAACUCCUUCUGACUGCCCAAGUCCUUGACCAUUUUAUUUGUACAAGAUACUGUUGAAAAAAUAUAUAAAGGUCUCUACUUUGGUAUUUUGAAAUUUGGACAUUCUGAUAUUUGCACAAACCAUUUAAACCUUACAACUUUGAAUUGUAAUGUGCGGAACACUGUUUUCACAGCUUGGGACUUUUUAUGCGUAGACAUGAAUCUCUCAACCUCUGAACAUUUUCAUUUCA